ACACUCCAAGAACUGUUUUGUUGAGAUUUUGUUUUCAGUUUCAUUUCGUCUUGUUGCCAUUUAAAGCCCAUUCCUAAUUCUGAUCUUAGCCGUUGAGUCAUGGCUACUGUUGUCUCAGCCGUAGGAGCUGUUAACGGGGUACCGGUACUAUGUUUUUUCCCGCCCUAUUUUGCUUUCUUGUCUAGUCAUUACCGUAGCAUCUCUCGACUUUGUAGACCUUUUAACUGUCUCUUUUAUAGUUUUUAUCGUCUUUCAAACUUCUGGGUCUUACUUCAAGUAGGAGAACAAAAUGGAAAAAGAAUGAAUUUGCAAACUGUGAAUUCUUUUCUUAAGGAUAUGAAAUCGGUUGUUUUGUUACAAUCUUGUGGUGCGGUAGUAAAAAAGAGAGCGUCUUUGUUGCAGUGGAACUUGAAUGGCUCUAAGCCUGCAGCAGCAUCACUUCCAAGCUCAGCAUUCUUGGGAAACACUCUGAAGAAGGUUACCUCCAAGAUCAGCCACCGGAAGGUUUCUCCAAAGAAUUUCAAGGUUGUUGCUGAAUAUGACGAGUCAAAGAAGACCUCAAAGGACAGGUGGAAGGGGCUUGCCUAUGAUGAAUCUGAUGACCAACAGGAUAUUACAAGAGGAAAGGGAAUGGUGGACACUCUAUUCCAGGCUCCUAUGGGGACAGGAACUCACCAUGCUAUCAUGAGUUCCUAUGACUACAUCAGCCAAGGCCUUCGCGUGUACAACUUGGACAAUACCAUGGAUGGGUUCUACAUUGCUCCUGCAUUCAUGGACAAGGUUGUUGUUCACAUCACCAAAAAUUUCUUAAGCCUGCCAAACAUUAAGGUGCCUCUCAUCUUGGGUAUUUGGGGAGGUAAAGGUCAAGGGAAAUCAUUCCAAUGUGAGCUUGUCUUUGCCAAGAUGGGAAUCAAUCCCAUUAUGAUGAGUGCUGGUGAAUUGGAAAGCGGGAAUGCUGGGGAGCCUGCAAAAUUGAUCAGACAAAGGUAUCGUGAGGCAGCAGACAUCAUCAGGAAGGGAAAGAUGUGCUGCCUCUUCAUCAACGAUCUUGAUGCAGGUGCUGGAAGGAUGGGUGGAACCACCCAAUAUACAGUCAACAAUCAAAUGGUGAAUGCUACCCUGAUGAACAUUGCUGAUAACCCAACAAAUGUUCAGCUCCCUGGUAUGUACAACAAGGAAGAGAACCCCCGUGUUCCUAUUAUAGUCACUGGCAAUGACUUCUCCACAUUGUAUGCUCCUCUCAUCCGUGAUGGUCGUAUGGAGAAAUUCUACUGGGCUCCUACUCGGGAAGAUAGGAUUGGUGUGUGCUCUGGUAUUUUCAAAACCGACCGUGUUCCUCAUGAAGACAUUGUCAAGCUUGUUGACACUUUCCCUGGACAAUCUAUUGAUUUCUUUAGUGCCCUCAGGGCGAGAGUAUACGAUGAUGAAGUGAGGGAAUGGGUUUCAGAAGUUGGAGUACAAAAUGUUGGGAAAAGGCUUGUGAAUUCAAAGGAGGGACCUCCAACGUUUGAGCAGCCAAAAAUGACCCUUGAGAAGCUACUUGAGUAUGGAAACAUGCUUGUCCAAGAACAGGAGAAUGUAAAGAGAGUCCAGUUGGCUGAUAAGUACUUGAAAGAGGCAGCUCUUGGAGAUGCUAAUGAUGAUGCCAUCAAGAAUGAAAGCUUCUAUGGCAAAGCAGCUCAGCAGGUUAAUCUGCCUGUCCCUGAAGGCCGCACAGAUCCAUCAGCAACAAACUUCGAUCCAACAGCCAGAAGUGAUGAUGGGAGCUGUGUUUAUAAUUUUUUUUUUUUAAUAAGGAUUUUCAUUGAUCAAGACAGGGAGUCCCUGUAAUUUACAAAAGAAUCUGACUUGAGACAGCAGUCAGUUACUAACCUGGCUUACAAAAAAGCAGCCAAGGCAAGGACAAUACAACAUCUGGUCUCUUGAACAAUCACACAUCAAUUUUACUAGUAUCCAAAAAUCUUAAAACGAACCAGUAGUUAGUGGAACAGUAAACUCCUGUUUCCGUUCCUUGUUAAGGAGUAAUACUUGCAUUUUGGCUUCACGUGGAUGCUGUUUUGAUAACAUAUUUUCCUUACUUUGUUCAGUUUGUUUCAUUGUGCUGAUGGUUAGCAUUAAUGUAGUGUUUGAGCUGUCCUUUGAUGUGUUAGUGUGCAUGUACACUAACACUGACACUUGUUAAUCAUAUUUACAGGUGUCUUUUAUGUAGAUAAGGCAUAUAA